AUGAUAAGAAGGGGUACAGAAGGUACCUCAUGUUCCCCGGCUUCCUCGCCGCUGCUGAGGGUCAGGGACCUCGCCUCUGCAGGCCUGUCUCCCCAGAAACCGUGCAGGUUCCGAGGCCCGUGCAGCCGGGUGCUGUGGCAGGGGCUGCUUUGGGCCUUUGCCAGCUCGCGAGGGACCCACCUCCGCCGACAAACCGCCCGCUGUGCUUCCACCCGGGGCACCAAGGGGCGUUCGCCUACCCGAAGAACUGAACCAUUCCGUAAUACCGGCGGCACUCGGGACACAAGACGCGCGUUGUUCAGCGCCGAUCGGCCGCCUGCCGCUCGCCCUAGAGACUCCUUAAGGCAAAGGAAGACUACAAAAGAAAGUCUGGCAGAGAGUGCAAGUAACAUCACAGAGAGUCUGAUGGGCAUUAGCAGGAUGAUGUCACAGCAAGUCCAGCAGAGCGAGGAGACUGUGCAAACCCUAGCCAAUUCUUCACGAACCAUUCUGGAAGCAAAUGAAGAAUUUAAGUCCAUGUCUGGGACAAUUCAGCUGGGGCGAAAGCUAAUAACAAAGUACAAUCGCAGGGAGCUGACAGACAAGAUGCUCAUCUUUCUUGCUCUUGCCUUAUUCCUGGCCACAGUGCUCUAUAUUUUGAAAAAAAGACUCUUUCCAUUUUUGUAAAAUUUCAAAACUAAACUGAACUAUUGCAAAAGAUCAAAAAGAGAUGACAUAAUAAUGGUAGAGCUUUUAAAUAAAACAAUAAAGGGAUAUUGCAAUAGCUGAAAGAGUGUUAGAGCAGGCAUGACUUUAUCCUGUCCCUAUGGAGCAUGUGACCUGCCUAAGAAGAGCUCAAACGAGCACAAGUCGGGAAGAAGCAGGUAGAUCAAGGCGUGGAAAGGAGAAACACCAAUUUGCCUGUAGGUUUGGGGAACGAGAAAAACACUUGAAGAGCUAGGCACUCAAAGAUGCCAGUCUUAACUUUCAACCUCUCUUCGUUUUGCCUUGAAAUUAACUUUUGUCCUUGGGUUGGACUGGAAGCUGCUUUGACUCUGUGUAAGGUGCUGGGAGUAAGAUGAAGGAUGGAAGAGAGAAACUCGUGUACGUUCCGUUAAUAAACUAUUUAUUGUAUCUUUGUAAACCGAGUUGUGUUUAAAAAUGAAGUCUAACAGAUUGAAAGAGCCUGAAUAACUUCUAGUGUGAAAAUUCUGUUUAAUACUUAAUACUCUUGCUUAAACCAAUGCAAACACACUGGUGCAGUGGUUGCGUAUGGAUUGUUUUUUCUGGGAGCGUAGCACACGUGUGGUCUGGCUCUGUUCCUCUGGCCUUCGGAGUGCUCUGACCAAAGCAAAAAUAGGAGCCCCAUUUGUUACCGUUAAUUUGCACCAUAUAUUUGAGAAUUACACUGCCAGUCUGUUGAUUCUUUAUAAAAUGCCACUUUAUAUUUGCAAAAUACUGUCAAGUUGUAUGUUUGAAAGUUUUUCUCUUGCUCGUAUAAUUGAUCUUUUCUCAGUAAAAUGUUUUAGAAUGAUUACCUUCCCUAUCUCUUGCAUGUUAGUAACGGGAGUUGAUUGCUUUCGCAACAUAAAUACAACCAGCCAUACUCCAUGUCGUACCUUGAAGUGCCAAAAACUGCGCUGCAAUGUUCUUAAAACUGAUGUUGCCUUCCCCUUUGGAAAUUGUUUCAUUGCUGCUUCAGAGCUGGCUUGUAAAGUUGACAUUCUGUUUAGGAAAUUCACACAGAACAGUUAAAUACUGCCUUAAUUUAAAUAGUUAUAAAAGGCAGUGCUACAUAUAUCCUAAGAAACAGGAUGUCAAGCAAGUUGCAGUGUAUGUUUAUAUAUAGAGAGUGGAGGCUAGGUUGCCUUUGAGGUUAGUUUUCAAUAGUAUGUUUAGAGGGAAGAGGUGACCAGUCGAUUAUCUGGUACCUACUGUUAAGAUCUAGUGAAUGAAUCUUUCAAUGACAGCUCACCCUUUUGCUGGCAGCUGCUGCAAGCUUGGUUAAAUCUGGAAGUGGCAGCAGGUUAUAGUGGUCAAAACCGAAGUACGGGACAGUUGAAGUGAUUGUGUGGCUGUGUGCAUAAACAAGAAAAGUUGGAAUUUGAAAUUGAGUUCAAACACAAGGGCUCUGCCUGAAGUGUUGAUAUCA